GGCGGCGCAUGCGCGGUGCGCACACGGCGAGGGGCCCGGGCCGGAGCCGCUUCCUGCAGCGCGGGGACCGGGAGCCGGGACCGGCAGCGGGGCUGGGGCCGGCAGCGGCGGGGCCGGGAGCGGCGGCGGCGGGGCCGUUCUCCUCCCCUCCCCCUCCCCACCGGUACACCGCAGCGCUUCGGCUGCUGGGCGCUGAUUGGCUGAAGGAGAGAGGGGCGACUACGUCACGCCGCUGACGCCACGGGGGACUCGCCGACACCGAGCGGGCGCAGGCGGCGAUGAAGAACCAAGGCGGGGAAGCCAAGGCAGCCCCGCGCCCCGCGGGCUCCUCCGUGGCCGGCGGCGCCCUGCUGCUGGAGGAGGGGGACACGGCCGAGCCCACGGCAGGGCUGGAAGCUCCUCUCGCGCAGGAGGACGCCAAGUCCUCCCGGCCUGCCGUGCGUGACGUCUCCGAAGAGCUGAGCAGACAGCUCGAGGACAUCUUGAACACGUACUGCGUGGAUGCCAGCCAGGAGGGUCCGGGCGAGGACGGCGGGCAGAGCGAGCCCGCGGAGCAGGAGGAGGCGGAGAAGUGUCGCAGCGAGUCCCCGAGGAACGGCGAGCAGGAGCCGGGUGGCCCCGAGAUGAACGGGGAGAAGGAGGGCACCAAGGGGACGGAGGAGUUCCGAGCUGGCGAGGAGUGCGGGGAGCGGGACCAGAAGAAGGCUCAGGAAAAGAAGAAAGCCAAGGGCCUAGGCAAGGAGAUCACUUUGCUGAUGCAGACGCUGAACACCCUGAGCACUCCAGAGGAGAAACUAGCGGCACUGUGCAAGAAAUACGCUGAGCUGCUGGAAGAGCACCGUAACUCCCAGAAGCAGAUGAAGAUCUUGCAGAAGAAGCAGACGCAGCUGGUGCAAGAGAAGGACCACCUGCAGAGCGAGCACAGCAAGGCCAUCCUGGCCCGCAGCAAGCUGGAGAGUCUGUGCCGUGAGCUCCAGAGGCACAACCGCACCCUCAAGGAGGAGGGUGUCCAGCGUGCCCGGGAGGAAGAGGAGAAGAGGAAGGAGGUGACCUCCCACUUCCAGGUGACGCUGAACGACAUCCAGCUCCAGAUGGAGCAGCACAACGAGAGGAACUCCAAGCUGCGCCAGGAGAACAUGGAGCUGGCGGAGCGGCUCAAGAAGCUCAUCGAGCAGUACGAGCUGCGGGAGGAGCACAUCGAGAAGGUGUUCAAACACAAGGACCUGCAGCAGCAGCUCGUGGACGCCAAGCUCGAGCAGGCACAGGAGAUGCUGAAGGAGGCAGAGGAGAGGCACCAGCGGGAGAAGGACUUUCUGCUGAAGGAAGCUGUGGAGUCGCAGAGGAUGUGUGAGCUGAUGAAGCAGCAGGAGACCCAUCUGAAGCAGCAGCUUGCUCUCUACACAGAGAAGUUUGAAGAAUUCCAGAACACCCUUUCCAAAAGCAGCGAAGUGUUCACGACAUUUAAACAGGAGAUGGAGAAGAUGACUAAGAAAAUUAAGAAGCUGGAGAAAGAGACCACCAUGUACCGUUCUCGCUGGGAGAGCAGCAACAAGGCUCUCUUGGAAAUGGCUGAAGAGAAAACCCUGCGGGAUAAAGAGCUGGAGGGGCUUCAGGUGAAAAUCCAGCGCUUGGAGAAACUGUGCCGAGCCCUGCAGACGGAGCGCAACGACCUCAACAAGAAGGUUCAGGACCUGUGUGCCCACGCGCCCCGGGCAGACAUGGACCUGUCGGAGCCCCUGAAGGACCCAGCCCGGGAGGGCUCCGAGGCGGUGGCGGGAGGUGCCCCGGCAGAGCAGCGCCUGGCUGAGGAUUGCCUCCACUCGGGAAAGCCAACGCACGGCACAGAUCCUGCGGAGCCGCUUGGAGAACUGAGCAUAGGAGGCCUGGGGCAGAGUGGGACUGAGGAAGGCACUCAGGGCGCUGACUGAGCUCGCCGUGUGGUAGGCAGAGGUAGGGCGAGGGAGGGUAGCGCGAAUGUUUCCAGACUCUGAUGGCCCUCUCCUGGUCCUUGGACAGGUGCAAGAGGACAGCCCUCCCUGGGCUUCGAGAUUUCCUAGCGUAGGUUUUUGGAGGGUUUUUAAAUUUUUAUAUAUAUAUAUAUGUGUGCGAGGCAUAUAUAUAUAUGGUAUAUAAAAUCUGUGCAGGGCAACGUACACUUUAUAUACGAAUAUAUAUGGAACCUAGAACGACCCACCUCCCUGCGUGUGCGUGAAUAACUAAUAUAUGGAGACUCAACUGAUUGUCCCUUUCACUAAAAGACCUUGUCAUUGGCAGGCUGUGACUCCCCCAAAAUCUAGUGCAGCUCAGGAAAGCAGGCGCAUGGAUCGGCCCCAGCCCUCCUCCGGCUCGUGGCACUGGGACAGCUGGAGGCUUCCUCCGCCUUCACGGCGAUGCUCUCGUGUUGAGUGACAGCAAAAGAGUUGAGCGAGGGAGAGCAGAAGCGUUUCCCAGCUCUGGAUUCUCCCUCCCUCCUCUGCAACAGGCAGGAGGGAGCUCCUGGACUUGCUGUUGCUUUGGCUGGCAGCUCUCUUGAGUGGGAGCCGAGCAAAGGAGGGCGAGAGAGGCCGUUCCUCCUCUGUGUAUGGGUUUUGUGUAUUGAAUGGGGACAAAAAGAAGCAAACCGUGGACGCCUGGUUCACCCAGGCCUCCUGCAGGGUCUUUGCUCUUCCCAGAACCUGCCAAUGUCUCGAUAGCCUUAUGAUUCACAGUUGCCUCUUUGCUAUACGCACAUGUGCACAAGUGUAUUAAACAGUUAAUCCAAAGGUCUAACUCCCAAGUGUUUUGCACAAGCACGUGUGACCAGUUGUGCAAGGGGACGGGGAGGGCCUUCAGCUGAGCUCUGCCCUGCGCCGGGACCACCCCGUGGUGCUGAGCUGCUCCUGGGGGCGUUCAGGGGGCUCCAGGAGGAUCCAACCCGGGUCUGCUCCGUGACCUGCUGAAGCCGAACCGCUGGGACCAGCACAGGCCCGUGCCGUGGGCCGGUCCCUCCUGCAGCCCCCUGCGGACCCUCCAGUCUGCACUGGUGCUGCCCGGCCCCCUCCUGGCCCUCUGCUUGGUCCCAGGUGCCAGCUGCUGCUGUGUCCGGGUGCCUCUGCCCACAGGACCCGACCCGCUUGUGCUGGGAGGGCGUUGAGAGACACGUGAGGCUGGCUGGCACGGGGCUUGGGGGAUUUCUCCUCAGUUUCUCAAGACUUCCUCUUUUCGCUGUUGUUUUGGGAGACCUCUGCUUCCUUGAAACCCUUCCUGCAGCUUCUCUCCAGCAGACUUUAUUUUCAGCAUUGCCUUCCUUUCGCUUGAAGCUGAAGUGAGCCGGCCUGGGCCGUUCCUUGCGGUGGCUGCAUUCAGUGGAACAGCUUUGGUUUCUUCUCUGGUGAUGCAGCUGCUCUUGCAUCUUCUCUCUGCAACUGUACAGUGCCCUUGCGAAGGACCUGCCCUGGGAGCAGCCUGCAGCAGGUGCCUCUGCGUCCCCCUUUCCUCCAAGGGAAGCCCAGCGAGUUCAGGUUUAAUGAAUGGGGUUGUCUACAGAGUCCAAUACGGCUCUGUAGAGCCACAGUCCUGAACAUCCACUAGGACACGUUCCCUGGAGUUCUGUGGGGCUUUUUCCUCUAGCCCUGCACCGCCAGCAUCGCUUCCUCCUGCAUGGGGAUGCCUCUGCCAGGAGCCUUCUGGAGCGAGUGAAUGUAGCUCUGGCCCAGCGGGAGCCCCCAGAUCCCCAGCAGCAGGGCUGGCCGAGGGCUGCAGCCUGGCUCUGGACUUCUCUUCUUGCUCUUUCAGUCAAAGAAAAAUCUCACAGCAAGUCACCACCACCACCACCUUUUUUUUUUUUUCUGUUAUGGUACAGAUAACCUCGGCGGGGGGCUGGUGUAUGUAUCUUGGUACCCAAUAGAAAUGCACCCAAACUC